AUGGGGAGGGAGCAGGCAUGCGGAAGCGAAGGAGGGACGGAUUAUAUAGAAAUGGAACAAAUUGUCGAGUUCUAUCAUGUUAUUUUAAAUGAGAUCUACCCUGCAAUGAAGAGUGAGACAAACCCCAACGGCACCAGCGCUGGAGGGCAAGCACUAUACCAACUGGCUGGACUAGGCUUAGUCCUGGUCGGAUCAAUAGUUUCAGGGAUGAUAACCGGUCUCAUUCUGAAAAUGACGGCGUUUAACCAAGUGCGAGACCAAGAGUUCUAUGCCGAUGGUGAUUACUUCGAAACGCCUGCCGACUAUGACUCCACCACCAAAACUGUUUCACGCACCGACAGCGUCGAAAUCAACGAACAAACGCAGUUCACACAAAAGGAGGUCUAA